AUGGAGCAAACGGUGGGGAUUCUUGGUGGAGGGCAGCUUGGAAGAAUGCUCACAGAAAGUGCUAAUCGUCUUAACAUCCGGACAUUAAGUCUUGAUGCGCCUGAGGCACCUGCAAAGCAGAUUAAUGCCACUGGUGAGCACAUCGACGGCUCUUUCAAGGACCCUGAUGCUGUGCGGCGAUUGGCGAAGCUGUGUGAUAUUUUGACUGUCGAGAUCGAACAUGUUAACACCGACAUUCUCGAACAAUUGGACGGCAAAGUGCAAAUUCACCCAAGCUGGAAGACUAUCCGGGUUAUCCAGGAUAAAUUCAGUCAAAAGACACAUCUCCAUGCUAAUGACAUACCAACUACCUUUUCGUCCUCGUUGCAAUGUAAUACCACUGCAGAAUUGAAGUCGGUUGCUGGUGAAGUAGGCUACCCUUUCAUGCUGAAGUCUAGAACAGAGGCCUAUGAUGGACGAGGUAAUCAUAAGGUAAAUUCAGACUCUGAUCUGCAGAAUGCCUUGGACUGUUUACGGGAUCGCCCGCUCUAUGCCGAAAAAUGGGCAGACUUUGACAUGGAGCUUGCAGUCAUGGUAGUGAAAGUUGAAAGCGAUCCGUCUUCAGAUUGGUCAAGGAUUACGAAAGCGUUCCCUGUGGUUGAGACCAUCCAUGAAGACAGCAUUUGCAAGUUGGUUUAUGCCCCUGCGCGUCGAAUAAGCAGGGAGACCCGCCAGAAGGCCCAAGAGAUGGCACGAAAGGCGGUGGCCUCGUUCUGGGGCAAAGGUGUUUUUGGAUGCGAGAUGUUUCUUCUUAAUGACGGCUCCCUCUUGGUGAACGAGAUUGCCCCCAGACCUCAUAACUCAGGGCAUUAUACGAUAGAUGCUUGCCCGCUAUCACAAUAUGACGCACAUUUGAAGGCAAUACUUGGUCUUCCUAUACCGCUUAACAGUCUACAUUUGAUAGAACCGGGUGUCAAUGCCAUCAUGUUAAAUAUUCUUGGUGGUGUCAAAACGGACUCUCACAUGCAUGCUGCACACGCUGCUCACGCUAUCGAUGGGGCGCGAAUCCACUUGUAUGGCAAAGGGAAAGCCCGUCCAGGUCGGAAAAUGGGCCACAUCACCGUGCUGGCGGGCGAUAUGACUACAGCAGAACUUCGUAUGCAGCCACUCAUUGAAGAUAUUGAUCGGAUUCGGAGAGAAAGUCAGGUCAAUGAUCAAAUGUUAGAUGAACCGCGAACGAGGCAGCCGCUUGUGAGUAUCACGAUGGGUUCAGACUCCGACCGCUCCAUACUUGCGCCAGGUGUUCAGAUUCUGAAAGAACUCGACAUCCCAUUCAUGGUGACAAUAACGUCAGCCCAUAGGACCCCCGAUCGCAUGGUCGACUUCGCGAAGGGGGCACGACGGCGAGGAUACAAAGUCAUCAUUGCCGCCGCCGGAGGGGCGGCACACUUGCCUGGUAUGAUAGCCGCUAUCACACCACUGCCAGUCAUUGGCCUGCCAGUCAAGGCAAGCUGCCUCGACGGUGUUGAUAGCUUAUACAGUAUCGCUCAGAUGCCGGUAAGUCUUGACUAG